AUGAGACUAAAGCAUAAAUUAAAGAGAUUCAACAUGGACUGUAUUGGAGAUAUAGGAGUCCAUUUUCAAAAAGCCAAGGACCAAUUUCAGGAAGCUUUAUUUCUUGCUCAACACCAUCCUAGCAAUCUUAUGUUUCAAGACAAUGUUAAGAUUACAGCUGAAAAUUUUAGAAUUCAAGAGCAAAGAUAUCACAGUUUUUUGACUCAAAGAAGUAAGAUAAAUUGGCUGAGACAAGGUGAUAUGAAUACUGCCUUUUUUCAUGCAUGUUUGAAGAAGCGUAAGGAGGCUAAUAGAAUAGCAACUUUCAUAAAUGAGCAAGGAAGGGUGGUGGAUACUUACUUUGAAGUUGUUUCUCAUUUUCUGAAUCAUUUUAGAGAUAUAAUGGGGAGUCCCAGUUUUGCUUCCAAGGUGUUAAACAAACAGUGUGUUGAUAUGGGGUUAAAGCUUUCUUUAGAUCAACAACUACUGUUAUUGAAACCAUUCACGCAUAAGGAAAUCAGAGCUGCCAUGUUCAGUAUUUCUAGCAUCAAAACUCCGGGCCCAGAUGGUUAUGGUUCAGCAUUCUUUAAGGUGAUGUGGCAAGACAUAGGUGAUGAAGUUUGUAGAGCUAUAGGUCAAUUUUUUGAGACAGACUUCAUACCAGAAGAGUUACUGAAUACUUCAUUGUCCUUGAUCCCUAAAGUUGACAAUCCUAUUCGGGCAGUGGAUUACAGGGCUAUUGCAUGGUCUCUGUCAUCAGUAAAAAUUAUUAAGAGCGUGAUUGGGGAGUUUAGUUCUGUGACAGGGCUUCAAAUUAAUGAGAGCAAGUCUCAGGUCUUCUUUGGGGGAGUUUUAGCUGCUGAAAAAAUGCAAAUGUCUGCUGAAUUGAAUCUGUCAGAGGGAUCAUUUCCACUUAAAUACCUUGGUGUCCCUAUGAGACCUACCAAAUGGAAGCAUGAAGAUUAUGAUAUCAUCAUUCAAAAAAUCAAAAUGAGAUUACACACUUGGGCAAGUAGGCACCUGUCAUUUGCUGGCAGAAUGCAACUGAUUCAUUUGGUUCUUUUUGGGCUGAGGAACUAUUGGAUGAGUAUUUUUGUUCUUCCUCAAAGCAUAAUAAAGGAAGUUGAGAGGCUCUGUCGUGGUUUUCUAUGGGGAGUUAAUGGCAAUAGAUGCAAGAUUCAUAUGGCUUCAAGGGAAAAGGUCUGUCUUCCUAAGGCUUAUGGGGGGCUCGGCUUAAAAAAUGGACAGAUUUGGAAUUAUGCUAUAUUGGCUAAGUAUAUAUGGGCGAUCUCUGAGAAGCAUGACCUGCUGUGGGUAAAAUGGAUAAAUUCAAUUUAUCUGAAAGGCUCAGACUUCUGGUCCUAUAGGCUGCCUCCAGAUACCAGCUGGUACUGGAGGAAAUUAUGCAAACUGAGAGGCAAAUUCAGUAGGGAAGAUAUUAAGGCUGCUGGUUUAACUAGGAAAUUUCACUCCUCUAUCUUAUACAAUAGUUCUCUGUGCCAUCAACAGGUUGGCUACUACAAAGCAGUUUGGUGUAGAUUAUCUCUGCCUAAGCACAGAUUCCUGUUAUGGCAAGUUGUCAAUGCGCAGCUGCUUACUUGUGAUAACAUGCUUCGGUUCAGAGUGCCUCUUGACUCUUUACUGUGCCCGGUUUGUGGUAGUUUUGAUGAGAGUCAUUCCCAUUUGUUCUUUGAAUGUACUCUGUCAAAACAGGUGUUGGAUCAAAUUUUUGAGGGGACGGCAUUCAGUACUUGGCCUUAUGAGUUUGAUAGAUGGAGGAUCUGGCUUUCUAGCAUAAAUAAUGGCUUCCUUUUUCAUAUAUCUAUCAUGAUAUUAGCAGCUGUAGUAUAUAGCAUCUGGAGGAAUCGUAAUGGUUGUAUUUUUGACAAUUACUCUAGGUCUGCUACUAGUAUAACUACUGAAGUAAAAUCUUUAAUUCAUCAUCGGCUUAACAUUGUUAGUAAGAAGAAGCUAUCUUCCCAGGAGCAAAGAGUGUUAUCACAUUUUGCUAUGUAA